AUGCACAGAUUAGUGUGUUCUCAGAAGAUAGGGUCCUUUACCUUUGAUGAUGCCAACGGAUAUGCAAUAACUGUCAACAUCAAACUCUAUUUUGUGAUUCCCAUUGAGUUCUUGGGGACUCACGCACGCGCAGAUACAGAAGAAGAUAUCCCAAAAGGGAAAAAGACUCCAAUGAGUUACUACUAUUUGUUAGGAAAUGAUUAUCAAAAUUGUAGUGAUCACGAAGUUCGUCCCAUGGGUCUUAUGAGGGGACUCGCAGAGAAUACGUCUGCCCAUGGAAUUACAGAGAUCUAUUACUCCAAAGGAUUUUUCAAGAUAACGUGUUGGGUGUUAUUGACACUAGCAGCAAUAGCAGUGAUGAUUCUUCACAUGACAACCCUGUUCAUAGACUUCUAUAGCUAUGAGACAACCAUGAGCAUCUCUGUUCAGAACAAGCGUAGUCUCCCUUUUCCCGCCGUCACCAUUUGUAAUGUUAACCCCAUCAGGGCCUCAAGACUCAGCCAGAGCACUAUACUUCAGAGUACUAUUGAUGGGAGGGACAACAUAACAGGAGCUACACGCGAUGACAAACAGACUGGGCUGGGAGCCAUGUCCAAUGAAUUCUUAAUUGAAGAACUAAUAGAAGAAACAAUCGCAGAUAUUGACACCGACACCAAAAUUGCAAUGGGCCACCAGUAUAGUGACUUUAUUCUUGACUGCCAAUAUGAUGGAUACUAUUGUGACGAAGGAGAAUUUCUUGCGUUUUAUAAUUACAAGUAUGGAAACUGCUUCACAUUCAACUCUGGUUCUAACAGCGACGUAUUUCUAUCUGGACGCGCAGGCCCAUUGCAUGGGUUGAAACUUGUACUAGAUAUAGAAGCUGCUGAAUAUAUCGGAGAUAUGAGUCCAGCGUAUGGUGUCCGGGUACUUGUACACAGUCAAGGGGACAUGCCCUUCCCAGAGGACCAAGGUAUCACUAUUGGUCCUGGUCAAGCAACGGUUAUAGGAACUAAUAUGUUAAACAUCCAGCUGGCUGGUGAUAAGUACAGCGACUGUACAAACUCCAGUUUCUCUAACGUGAAUAUAAAUGUAUAUGAAGAGCAUUACCCAGGAACAAGCUAUACUCAAACCGCAUGCAUGAAGACUUGUUAUCAGUCACACUUACUAUCGGGGUGUCAAUGUGGCGACCCAAGCGUUCCCCUGGAUGGGAAAGCUUUCCCGUCAGCAUUCCACACCGAACCUGCAACCUCGUGCAACUCGGAUAACCAGGCACAAGUUACAUGUGAAGAGAAUACAUAUGCAUCGUACGUCAAUGGAUCGUUAAGCUGUACGUGUUAUCCCGAAUGCAAUCAGACCACCUUCGAAGCUCACGUGUCGUCGACGUUAUGGCCAACCGACCAAUAUAUCUCUCGACUCAUACAGGACCUCAGUCCUAAGUUAAACCAAUACACAAACGAUAGCGCUGGAUUGAGGAAGAAUGUUGCACAUUUGCAAGUUUAUUAUGAGGAACUAAACUUGCAAAUGAUCCAAGAGCAACCUUCAUAUUCGACGGUUCAGUUUGCGUCAGACGUAGGGGGAACAGUAGGACUUUAUGUAGGAGCAUCAUUACUGACUGCAUUUGAAUUCGGAGAAUUCUUUUUAGACUUAUUAGUUUAUUUCAUAAGGAAACCAUUCCAUAAAAACAAAGUGAGCGAAGUUAAAAUGGAGCAGACGAAAUCGAACGUCCAGUUUAGCUGAGAUGCAGCGUGAUAUGUGUGGAUCACAUUGGAGGCGCAGGUGCGUUUGAAGAAGGGCAAAACGUGCGAGAAUAGAUUAAACGUUGUGCAUUGCCAGAAGCAUAUUUUUGGCCAGUUUACUGUUUACGAAAAAACAAUAAACACCAUAUUAUAGUGCAUAUUGAUUAAAAAAACACCCGAAUAAGAUCGCUAAAUACUUUUAUGAAAGGUAUUCAAUACAUAAACAUUUAUGUGGACCCCAAAGUUCUCUGGCAUAUCCAAGUAUUUCGACUCUUGACUAGAGUAUUCCAAUAUUUUACUUAAUAUACUCGAUAGAUGUCUACUUUGUAAAUAC